AUGUCCAUCAUCGGAGUAAUUACACAUCAACUCCCUGCGGUAUAUGUUAAUGUAUUUCAAUGGCAAUUGCCUGAGCAUGUUCAAAACAACCUAGCAGAUCCUGAWUUUUAUAAACCUAGUAACAUUGACCUAUUGCUGGGAGCAGAACUGUUUUUUGACKUGCUUGGCAAUGAACAAUGUAAGGUGAACAAUCAGUCAGUUACUAUUCGCAACACCAAGCUCGGGUGGAUAGUAUCUGGGAAGGUAAACCAAGCACAAAACCCGGUACCAUCAAUGUGUUUACUGGCAUCAAUCUAUAAUGAUGACAAAUCUUCGACCCUGUGCAAUGAAGCAGUUGAAUGCGAAGAGCAUUUCAAGUCCACGUAUACUCGAAAUGAAGAAGGCCGUUUCAGUCUCAAGCUUCCUAUCAAGGACAUCUCAGUUCUAGGAUCUUCAUAUGAAAUGGAAUAUGAAGCAUUAGGGCAUAUGUCACAAAUUAAAAAUGUUGAUGCAGUACAUACCAACUGUUAUUAUCUCCCACAUCAUGCAGUGCUGAGAGCAGAGAGCCUCACAACAAAAACAAGAGUUGUCUUUGAUGCAUCUGCCAAGACCACCAGUGGUAAAUCUCUAAAUGAUGUGUUGAUGAAUGGUGGAGUUGUCCAAGAUGAUUUGGUGUCAAUAUUAUUACGGUUUAGAAUGCAUAAGUUUGUCAUGACUGCAGCCAUUGAGAAAAUGUACCGACAGAUAUUAAUUGACCCAGAACAUAGGACYUACCAAAGAAUACUAUGGAGAGACUCACCGGAAAAGGAAUUGCUACAUUUUCAACUCAACACAGUAACUUAUGGAACCACAUCUGCUCCAUUCCAAGCUACUCSGUGUUUACAAGAACUUGCAAGGAUAAGCGAAGCAGAACAUCCACAGGCUGCUCAAGUAAUUAAACAAGAUUUCUAUGUUGAUGACCUGAUAACAGGUUCUCACACAAUUGAGAAUUGUCAAGAAAUCCAAAGAAAGGUCACCAUGAUACUCCAGUCAGCAGGAAUGACUCUUCGAAAGUGGUGUGCAAAUAGUUCACAUCUAAUCGCUGGGAUAGCARUUGCAAACGACGAUCCUCAUGUCAUGCUUGAGUUAAAUGACACUGAUACCACCAAAAACACUUGGACUAACUUAAAUCGUGUCUUUGAUCCGUUGGGAUUUCUAGCACCGGUUUUAAUUAGUGGUAAAAUAUUCAUUCAGCAAUUGUGGCAACUUAAACUGGAUUGGGACACUGUACUUCCAGUUGACAUGUCUCAACGUUGGCAUAAUUACACUCAUGAACUUAGUCAGAUUGACCAGCUCAAGGUACUGCGCAAGGUGAAAGAUCAUCCGUACAACAAAUUUGAACUGYAUGGGUUCUGUGACGCCUCCAUGAACGCAUAUGGAGCAUGCAUUUAUGUAAGACAAUGGCAACCAGACAAUACAUUCACGUGUCAUCUUCUGAUAGCAAGGGCUCGAGUAGCACCUCUAAAGGUAUUGUCAAUUCCAAGAUUGGAAUUAUGUAGUGCCUAUGUGUUGGUAACGUUAAUGUCUAAGGCAAGAAAGACACUGAAUGUAAGCCCAACAUCUUGCACAUGUUGGACAGAUUCAUCAGUAGCAUUAACAUGGAUCCGGGGAAUCUCAAGUCAAUGGAACACCUUUGUAGCAAAUCGUGUAUCUGAGAUUCAGACAUUGACAGAAGAAAUGAUUUGGCAACAUGUGAGAACAAAGUUGAAUCCUGCAGAUCUAACGUCUCGAGGAGUAAAGGUACAAGAGCUAUUACACUCAAAUCUCUKGUGGCAUGGUCCAACCUUUCUCCAGCAGCCAGAAGCUGAAUGGCCAACAGAAUGUUCUUUCACACCAUCUAGUGAAAUCCUUGAAAAACGUCCAGUUCAGUUUGCGCUUUUGGUCCAAACUCGGGAAAACAGUAUUCUGGCAAAAUACUCAAGUUGGACAAAUUUAAUUCGCAUUACGGCAUAUCUAAAAAGGUUUAUGCACAAUACACUUCAUAAAUGUCAAGAGAGAUACAUUGGUCCACUGUCAGUAAAGGAAUUAAAGAAUGCCAGAGAUGUAUGGAUUAAUAUUGCUCAAACAGAUGCAUUCAACGAUGAAAUCAAGUCACUUAGACUAGGCAAAUCUUUAUCCUCACACAGUAAACUCAUUACAUUAAGUCCGUUUCUGGAAGAAGGUGUAAUCAGAGUKGGAGGACGGUUGCAACGAUCUCACUUACCCAUCAAUCAACGUCAUCCAUCAGUAUUACCAAAGAAGCACACAGUGACUGAACUAAUCUUCACAGAAUAUCAUAUAAAAUAUCUGCAUGCAGGUCCCCAAAACCUCUUGACAAGAGUUCGCCAAGAGUUUUGGCCACUUGAUGCUACGAGAACUGCUCGGCGCAUUGUUCAUUGUUGUCAGAUUUGUUAUCGUGCAAACCCAAAAUCGUUUCAGUCCAGCAUGGGUGAACUACCUCGGCUAAGGGUAACACCCAGCAGACCUUUCACAGCAACAGGAGUAGACUUUGCUGRUCCAAUACAGUUAUAUUCUGGUCCAAGAAAUCGAASAGUAACCAAAGCUUACAUUGCAGUAUUUGUGUGCUUCAGCACGCGUGCGAUUCACCUAKAGGCUGUGAGUAAUCUCUCAGCACAAGCCUUUUUGGCUGCUUUACGUAGAUUUUUUGCUCGACGAGGUCAAAGCGCUCAUAUAUACUCUGACAACGGAACCAAUUUCCAUGGAGCCAGGGCAGAAUUGAAACGCUAUUACAAAGAGCACUGCAGCAACAAUAAAACUGUAAUUGAGUCCCUAGCAACUGAUGGUAMUCAGUGGCACUUUAAUCCACCCAGUGCACCAMAUAUGGGCGGACUAUGGGAGGCUGCAGUUAAGUCAACCAAACACCAUCUUCUACGCAUCACAGGGUCAGCCAAACUUAACUUCGAAGAACUAACCACCAUGCUAUGUCAAGUUGAAGCGUGCUUGAACAGUAGGCCACUAACAGCACAAUCUAGUGAUCCAGAAAGUUUUGCGUUCCUGACACCUGCUCAUUUUUUAGUAGGUGGUUGUCUAACUCUACCUCCUGAACCUCAACAACCAGAACGACCCGUGAAUUAUUUAAAAAGAUGGCAACUAGUCCAAGGUAUGACUCAAGGGUUUUGGCGACGGUGGUCAUCAGAAUAUCUCAGAUCUCUCCAACCCCGAAUGCGUUGGACCACUGCUGACAAACUUUCCAUAAAGAUUGGCGACCUGGUACUAGUMAUUGAGGACAAUCAACCACCACUCAAAUGGCAUCUUGGCAGAGUGACGAAGCUGCAUCCUGGUUCGGAUAGCAUAUAG